CUCUGUGUCUAUGAAGUUGAUGACUCUGAGAACCUCAUUGUUACAACAGCCAAGAUACAGAAAUAACCUAAGUGUCAGUCAUCAGAUGAAUGGAUAAAGCAAAUGUGGGAUUGGUGUCACUUGAGGAUGUGGCUGUGAACUUCACCUGGGAGGAGUGGCAGGACCUGGAUGAUGCUCGGAGGACCCUAUACAGGGAUGUCAUGCUGGAGAACUACAGUAGCCUGGUGUCACUGGGGCAUUGCAUUACCAGGCCUGAGGUGAUCAUCAUGUUGGAGCAAGGAGCAGCACCAUGGACUGUAAAAGAAAAACCCCAGACCAGGAUGUCCAGAUUGUGGAUGACAUGA